ACAAAGUCUGUCCAUCCCCAAUCUGUCUCUCUGUCUCUCUCUCUCUCCAUCGUAGACCAAUACAAUCUCUCUCUCUCUCUCUCUCUCUCUCUCUCACAGAGCAAUGGCGACAUCGAGCCACCGUCUCCUCCUCCGGCUGUCGAUCCUGCUAGGAGUCCUCGCCAUUGCUGCCACAGCCAGGCCCGGCCGCCCUUUUCACCCCUGCAAAACCCUAAUCUUCUUUACCAGCACCACCUCCUCUUCCUCCCACCCUCUCUCUCGUCAAAACCCUAAUCUCGCAGCUCGCCGAUCCGUUACCUUUUAUAUCACCGAACUGAGGCAAUUCGACCCCAGGCCAGCCCUCGCCGACGAUCGCGCAUUCAUCGAUUUCGACGAAGUCGAAGAGAAGCGACCCUUGCCCUUCGGCCUAUACUCCUCCGCGGGCGCUUCGUUCCGCGAGCGGACCAAGGACAUUCUCAACGUCGUCGCAUCGUUGCUCUUUGGCGUCGGAUGUGGUUUCCUUACUGGCUCCACUCUUUACCUGAUUUGGUCCCUCUUUGCCUCCUCCUCCCGCGAUUCCGAUGAUAAGUUCGACGACUAUGAGGAGGACGUCGAUGAUAUCAGCCCGAAGAAGAUGGGGUAUGUCGCGAUUCCUGCUGCGGAUGCUCCGGCGGCUGCGAAGGAAGUGGCGUGAUAGAAGAGUUGUUGAAUUGGUGUUUGGAUUUUAGUUUACUGUGGUAAGUGUGGGGGCCUUUGGUCUCUUAAACGAGUGACGCCUUAUUGUAUCUGUUAAUCCUACGUAUAUAAUUGCUGCUACAUACUAUGAUCGAACAUAUGGAUUCUUCGUUGUAUUUCUCAUCGUGAUUAUGUUGUUUUUGAUUUCUUCCUUAAUGCGAUGAUGGGUGUUGAACUUGGUAUCA